AUUGUGCUGUUGUUAAUAAGAAAUUGAUUGCAAAUACUGCUACUAUGUCUUUCGCCCUAAAGCAGAUCGCUCGCAGCGUUUUGAGACCCGCUUUAGUACUGCCUAAGAAGUUCAACUUCUCUUCGAGUGCAGCAUGUUUUGCCCCUCGAAUCCAGAAGCCUGCUCCAGACUUUAGCGCCACUGCAGUUGUGAACGGAGAGUUCAACCAGCUAAAGUUAUCAGAUUUUAACGGAAAAUAUGUAGUUCUACUCUUCUAUCCUUUAGAUUUCACAUUUGUAUGUCCAACGGAGCUGAUAGCGUUCAGUGAGAGAGCAUCAGACUUUGCUAACAUUGGCUGCCAAGUUAUCGGAGUCUCUACUGACUCAGAGUUCAGUCAUCUCGCUUGGGUCAACACUCCAAGAAAGGAUGGCGGCCUUGGCAAAAUUGAAAUUCCCCUGUUGGCUGAUUAUAAGAAAAAGAUCUCUCAAGAUUACGAUGUUCUUUUAGAUGAAGGGUUCGCACUUCGAGGUUUAUUCGUGAUCGACGGCAAAGGUAUCCUCCGCCAUAUGUCCAUCAACGACCUGCCCGUCGGCCGGUCCGUCGACGAAACGCUACGAUUGGUCAAAGCCUUCCAGUUCGCUGACAAACACGGAGAAGUGUGCCCAGCUAAUUGGAAUCCGGAGCACAAUGCAGAUACGAUCAAACCCAACCCAAAGGAGAGCAAGGAAUACUUUCGCAAAGCCAACUAAAUAGUAUUACAAUUAGUUACUAGAUAUUUAUUAUAAUAUGCGUUUAUAGGUGUUUAACAGAUAUCCUAAGUUUGUUAUUUAACCUUUUUUGUUUAUUUCACUUGUACGAAAAACAAAUUAAGACGUUAUAUCACGCCAUGAUACAACAACGAGAAGAUACAAAUCAAAAUGUGAGGGCGUUUCUCCACUGUUUAAAUCACUUGCAUCAACUGCCUCCAUUACCAUGCUAGAGUGCCACGCAGGGGUCCUGAGUUCGAUUCCCGGGCCGAUAGAAAUAUUUAUAUGGCCUUCAUUUAUUUCUCUCGUGAUUUUGGGUGUAAUUUGUGGUUGUCUAUGUGUGUGUCCAUGGCACCCGCGAUACAGGGUUUCCCUAGUGCGGGGCUAUGAGUAUAUGCGUUAUUAUUUAGUUAUUAUAUUCGCCUCUUCACUUCUCAUCCGACAUCCGAUUUGCAUGUGCUCCUGCGCCGGGCCGUCAAUUUUACCGAAGAAACGCCCUUAUAGACAGUGAACAUACGCAUUUUGAAAUCAAUGCCGGUACUAAACAAAAAGUUCGAGAAAUGAACUUUAAUAUUUCUACAACCAAGUUAUAUUUAAAAAUAACGAGAUUUUCAUUAAUUGGCGGUAUUGUUAUUAACGUGCGAUUUAAGCACGAACGGUCGUAGCUUCGAUGACCAUAAAGUAGAAUUUAAACUAAAAAAGUUAUUUAUAUAGUUUCAGAAUUUCGUUAUCUGUGUUGUAUAAUGUCAAUAAUUUGUUGUUUGAAAUUAUAAGUUACUUCCAUUAGUGAUGAUAGUGCAACCCCUCCCUGAGUGUCUAAAGGUGCCUAUAGAUUUGCUCGGUUUUUAUAAGAUCGUUAUUGUCGCUCGGUAUGCCGUGUUUUGAUGAUCAAUAAGAUAUGUCAGCUAUACAGGUUUGCUCGAUUUUAUCGAUCGUUACUGGCGGCUGUUGGCGAUUGAUAAAUAUCACGGUUAAAAUCGAACAAAUUUGUAGGCACUUAUUCCUAUUUUAAAUUCCACAUUACCGAUCGCCAAAAAAAUACGGUGUCAAUCGUCAAAAACUCGAGCAAAUGUGUUGGCACCUUAACGCUUUACUCAACGUCAGCUCCGCGAAAUCCAUCGUGGACAUUUCGUCCCGCUCAAGCCCCUGCAGCAUACCGACACCGGCCCUCAGGAGUCUACGAUGAGCUUUUGCGGAGUUGUUCACUAUGUCAAUAAACCAAUUCAGUGCAAGAAAUAACACAGCCUUGAAAUUUGUUAUUUUUUUGUAAUAACGCUAGGUUCCUGCUCGAUUUUAAUGUUUUCCCAUAAACCACUUUGUAACUUUGCACGCUGUUUCACUUUCGGUUUUACCCUUCGUUUCUAAAUUAAUGGUCAACAACAAAUUGCUCUAGUCAUCUUUAUUUGGUAUAUCAUCAGGGAUAGUGCUAUUACGCGUAACUAGCAUUUGAUUAUGGGUCUCCAUUUCGGUAAUUUAGUCGUCAAAUCACAUCCGCGUAAAUGUCGUGGCAACCAAAUUAGCGUGAUUUACGGGAAUCUAUUGUUAUCAGACCGUAGCCAAUAUAAAUUAACGCUUACUGUGCAAAAAGUCGUAGCCAUUGAAAUAACUAAGUAAUAACGUUAAAUCCCUCUCCUGUGAAAUUAGAUUUAGU